GCUAUCUACCGAGUAACAGCGCGUCCCCGCAUCUUGACGGCGCUAAUUUGGAUAGUUUGUCACUCAGGAAUUCCUCCGGGAACAACUCAGAAACAUUUUUAAACGUGUGAUCGACCGAGAGUCGAACCUUUUGGGUUGACAAUGGACGCCAGCUCGGAUGAACGGCGCCCGUGACUUGUUGGAGGAGUAGUAGCGGGUUCCGGCGGAGAUGUUUUGUGCUGUCAGGAAGUUUGACGUCUUCGGUUGAGGAACGUUUCUUUGGUUUGUUUUGGUUGUGGAAAAGCUGCGGUUUAGCUAACUCUACCUCCACAAACCCCGGGAAAUCCGUACUAUCCCACCGCCUGAUUUAACUAGGACUUGUUAGACAUUCUCACUUUCAAAGUUAGUGAAGUUUUUGUUUUUGGUGAUUAAAGCCACUUUGGAGUCGCUAACGCACAGCAAGGUCGCGUUACAGAGUAACGGUUGUUGUUGUUAAGUAAUUCCUAUAAGACGUUGCUUCAUUCGUGCAUUUCCUACAACAGGCCCCGAAAAGACUGCAGCCCGUUGUACAUUGAACAGAAAGGGCAAUCUACAGAUUUAGCAGGAAAGCAGGCUAUGGCUCUCAAAUGGAUUUAAUACAUGCUGAAACUGCUACACAUAGUCUGCUAGUUUUUGUUAUAUAUAUUUAAAAAAAAGCCUGAAAAAUUGAGGAGUUAAAGUGACUGGAUCAUGUUUUGGAAAUUUAAGUUUUCCAAAGAUCCGAGGCUGCAGCGGCCUCGGCCGCAGCACUUAGAUGUUGGCUUCUCCAUAUAGGAUCAUCGCCUUUUGAGCUCAGAUUUUCUUCAGAAUACCUCCAUAAAAAACUCUUAGUGUGUUUUUGUCGUUCAUCUUCGGUGAAAGAAGGCGUGCCCCCUUUAUUUAGGGGGCAUCCUGCCCCUCCAUGCCGCCUUCACGCUCACGCCUUCCCCCGGUCUGAUGGACGUCCACGCAUCCGGCCCGAGACACCGGUGACCGGAUCGGUUCCGAGCGGGACGGGUUACCUGAGGCUCCAGGCUGUGGGUGGUCUGGCUCAUCAGAGGCAUCAAUCUGAACCCCGGUUUGUGGACCCCGCCUGCACAACGCUGCCGCAAUGAAUGAGAGGCAGGCUCUCCACUCUAUAAUGAAGGACCUGGUUGCCCUCCAGAUGACGCGACGACAGCCGGUGUUUUCCUACGACAGCGGCAAACCAAAGACAUCAACACAGGCCAACAGACAGGAUGAUGUCAGGAUAAAGUUUGAAUACUCAGGAGAGAAAAGGAUCUUGGUGUUUGGGAGGCCAGUGCAGUUUGAGGAGAUUCAGGAAAAGGUGAAGAGCGUCUUUGGCCAGCAGCUGGAGCUCCAUUAUAUGAACAAUGAGAUGUCCAUUCCUUUGCGAGGUCAGGACGACCUGGACAAGGCGAUCGACCUGCUCGACAGAAGCUCCAGCAUGAAAAGCAUCAGGAUAAUGCUUCUUUCUCAAGAGCGCAGCAACGCCUCCUCCAACUCUCAUCAUGUACCGUGUAAGCAGGUGAGGAUCAAGGCCUCCCACUCCACCGGAGACGUCAGUACGGCGUACCAGCCCUCCGAACCCAGAGGGCGCCACCUAUCAACAGGUUCUCAGAACACGGGUCGAAGUUCGCCGCCUCCUGGAUAUGUUCCUGAGCGCCAGCAGAGGAUCGCCCGCCAGGGUUCCUACACCAGCAUCAACAGCGAAGGGGAGUUCAUCCCAGAAACCAGCGACCAAUGCGUGCUGGAUCCUUGGAGCAGCGCAGAAAAUUCAGUUUCUGGCAGCUGUCAGUCCCUGGACAGCAACUCAGAAAGCUCUUCGCUGAGGAAGUCUCGCAUGCACAGAGCCAAGAGUUACCCAGACAACCGGCAGGAAGUCUCAGACCGGGAGAAUCACGUGUAUGAAAGGGUAGCAGGGAAGGGAGGCACCUAUCCUCGUCGGUAUCACGUCUCCCUGCACUGCAAAGACCACAGUGAAGGUCGUCGAACGUUUCCACGAAUUCGUCGCCCCCAGGGAAACCUGUUCACUUUGGUUCCCUCCAGGCGAUCGCUGAACGGCAGCGAGGAGAGUCUGGGCAGCUGGCAGCAGAUCGACACGCAAGGCCGGCUGCGUCCACACGAUCGCUCUGUCGCCCACAAGUCGCCCAGCGCCCCGGUGACGUGGCGCCGCGGGAAGCUUUUAGGCCAGGGUGCGUUUGGUCAGGUCUACCUCUGCUACGAUGUGGACACUGGGAGAGAACUGGCCGCCAAGCAAGUCCAGUUUGAUCCUGAAAGUCCUGAAACCAGCAAGGAAGUUAGUGCAUUGGAGUGUGAAAUCCAGCUUCUAAAAAAUCUGCAUCACGAGCGCAUCGUGCAGUACUACGGCUGUCUGAGGGACCACAACGAGAAAACUCUCACCAUCUUCAUGGAGUACAUGCCCGGGGGUUCAGUCAAAGAUCAGCUGAAGGCUUAUGGGGCCCUGACAGAAAACGUCACCCGCAAAUAUACUAGACAGAUUCUGGAGGGCAUGUCCUACCUGCAUAGUAACAUGAUCGUGCACAGAGACAUCAAAGGAGCCAACAUCCUGCGGGAUUCAGCGGGAAACGUGAAGCUGGGAGACUUUGGAGCCAGCAAGAGGCUGCAGACGAUCUGCAUGUCUGGAACCGGCAUCCGCUCUGUGACCGGCACCCCCUACUGGAUGAGUCCCGAGGUGAUCAGCGGCGAGGGAUACGGCAGGAAAGCUGACGUCUGGAGCCUCGGCUGCACUGUGGUUGAGAUGCUCACAGAAAAGCCGCCGUGGGCCGAGUUUGAAGCCAUGGCGGCGAUAUUUAAGAUCGCCACGCAGCCGACCAACCCGCUGCUCCCGCCGCGCGCCUCGGACCAGGCCCGGGACUUCAUCCGCUGCAUCUUCGUGGAGGCCAAACUCCGGCCGAGCGCCGAGGAGCUGCUGAGGCAUCCGUUCUCCCAGAUCCAGUGCUGAGUAAGACUGACUGCGCCUCACUGAGCGUCACACCAUUAUUACACACCAUCAUAUGCUUCCAAAGGAGACCCAGGCUUCACACGGAGGAACUCCUAAACAUAAAAGUCUGUUCUCAGUUCCAGCGCUGCUGUUCCAGGAGUUUCCACAAGGGGGCACCAAAUAUUUACCCACCAGGCUGCUUAACCCAACACAAAACUCACUUCAGAGGAAGCAUUAUCAAGUCACGGUUCAUGUUUACAUUCAUUUCUUCUGCAGUUAUAAGUUAAAAAAUGCAUGAACUGUAACUGUGCCAAAGAGCUUUUCUACAAAAACAGAAACAUUCAGACGAUUCUUUAAGCUUCUUUCCUGUUUUCAGCCUCUUCAGAUCAAAACACACUGAGGUAUUAAAUCCAAUAAGCUCUUUUUGUUAAUGUCCUGAAUAAGGUGUCAUGUGCCAAAGCUAGUGGGACCAUUUAUUAAUUCUAUGAAUUAAUAUUAUUAUUAUUACAUUUCUGUAGACCUAAACCCUUUUAUAAGCCCUCAAAUUGUUGCGUCACUUAUAGCUGUAUUUUUUUAAAAGUUGCAAGAUCAACAUCAAUUUCAAUCAAAUAUUUAUUUUUAAAAGUAUUCUUUAUUUUUUGACCUAAUAAGAGUAAUUUCAGAAAAUGAUGCCUUAAAGUUAAGUUAAAAAUAAUUUUUAAAAAGUAUUUUUAUUUUAGAAAAGCUCUUAAUUUGAAAUGUAGCGAAUACACAGCGGCGCUCACUACAUCUGUUUAAUGCUGUGGUUUUUAUUAAAUAAAUGUUUCAACUUUUAAUGUGAAGCAUCUCCUGGAUAAUUCAACUAAAAAACAAAUAUUGACACAAAUUUGUUAAAACAUUUAAUAAAAAAACAAGUUUGCACACUUCUAAAAAUGUAUAAGCUCUUCCUGAGUUAGUUUUAUUAUUCAGAAAAAAACAUAAGUAGUGAAUAAAACUUGGAAAUUUGCUAGAAAAAAAUCUUAAAUUUGAUUUUGAAAAGUCAAAAAUUUGCUAGAAAUUUCAGAAAUUUUCUAGAAAAUCUAGACUUCAGCAAAUUUUUGAGUUUUUAAUCUCAGAAAAUUUCUGAAAUUCUUUGCUGUGAAUUAUUUUACAGUUUUUAUUUACAGUGGUGUUCUCAGUUCACACUGACCACCAGUUUUAUUAAAUCUAAUUGACUCCAAAUUAUUUUUUUCUACUUUCACCAUAUUUGUGUUUUUUAGUUUGAUAUUUUGCAUUGUAUCCAUUUUUUUGUUAACAUGGAAUUUUUUUCUACCAACCAAUUUGCUCCUUUGGUUCCUAUAGUUACGGGUGAUGUCAUCCCGCCGCCAUCUUGCUUGACAAGCUUGUUUUAUUCAUUAUAAAUAAGAUCCUGUUUUUAAAAAAAAUUUCAACACUUUUACGAAUUUUUUUAUCCUACUGAAACAGACUUUUAAUAUUUUAUAGAUUAAAUAUGUUCAGUUUUUCAGCAGUUACAGUUUGUAGAUUGAAAUUACAACAAAUUUCACAAAAAGCCAUUUUUAUUUAUGAUCUCUCUGACCAAGUGCCAAAAUAAAGAACAAAAAUAUACUUCUAGAUUUUUAGAAACUAAAAAGCCUUAAAUAAUUGUUUUUAUUUUUGUCUAAAUUGCGUGUCUGGUCUAGACGUCGUUGACCGAUAAUCCUCAAUUUAGGAUCAUUUUCAAUCAGAUGCACUUUUAUUUUUUUGAUAACUAGAUUUUGUGGGGCUGAUUUCAAUAUUUUCUUUUUGUUAAUGUUUUUCAUUUCAAAUGUGAAUUUUUCUUUAUUUAUAGCCCCAUGACAUCUAAGUAUGAUUAUUGUAAGGAAAUACACAUAUCUAUAAAUAUCUAUUUUUAUAUUUCGACUGUAUCAAAUCUGUUGAUACUUUUAGUUUUGCUGAACUGAAGUCGUAGAAAGCAGCUGGUUUUGCAGACAUUUCAGAAACGCAUGUUGUAGUUUAGAGACGGGGGAGAACGAAGUCUGGCUGCCUGGCUCAAACUCCACUUCAACAAAUUAAACCACAAACUCAGAUUUUCUUGAUUUUAGCCAAACGGAUCAAGUUUUAUCUGCCUGUUUGUGGGUUUUUCUGUGGAAUGUUGCCCUUAUUUAUUAGUGGAAAAUCCACCUACUCAGAAUUUGUAGAAGAAAACUGAAACACCUUGGUGCGAUGCUACUUGACUUGCUAUUUGUUAGCGCUUUUAAAGCAGCCAAUCCAGGAGCAGCUUUUGUUGUCCUUGUUGCUGAUUGGUCGUACUUGAAGACUGUAGACGCUAACUCCUGUUGGUCCUAAAACAUUUUCCACUGUGUGUAUUAACACACGUUUGGUGUUUGCAGUAUUGAAAUUUGACUCAAGUAUUUGCUGAUUUUAGCUAUUUGCUGCUGUCUCGAAUACCAGGACUCCUUCAUAUUUUUGUUAGAACUUUUGUCAUACUUUGUGGUUAAGAGCAAUUAUUUCUUUUAAAACAAAGACACUACCAUUACGAUUUAAAAUACAUUUUAAAUCGCAUUUUCCAUCUUAUGUUUAAAAGAGUUAGCAAAGCUAACUCUUUUUGCGUUUUCUUGUAUAUUCACCAGAGAAUGUUUUAUUGCCUUAUCUUAACUCCUGAGAGAUAAAAAGGAAAGUAUGAAACACAAACUUGGCUAAAUUACAUUAUGGCUUCCUGAACGUGAUUUAACCAGACUUGGCAAAAGUUAGCAAGAUGUAAUUCAUCUAAACUUAGCAUAGCAAUUUAGCUAAGCGGAUCUCAGCCAAACUUAACGUAAUUUAGCCAGAUUUAGCUUAAUAAGCUAAGUUAUGCUAAGUCUUUUAGCCAAACAGUGUAAUUCAUUCAAAAAUUGGUUUAAUCUAGUUAAACGUAAUCUAGCCAAACUUGGCUGAAUCACAUUCAGGGUUCCUUUGUCUUGCUCUCUCUCACCGUCUUACAGCCUGAAUGAACUGCAGACGUUUCUCAACAUGUUGUCUGUUACUAAUCAGUUUUAUGCGUCUCUCUACAUCCUCUGGUUCCUGCAAAUAGCUAAGAUUGAUUUGCACAUAGAAAAGUGUUAGCUUGUCUCGGACCAGUCAGUCACCACAUAAUCUAUAAAUCAGUCGUGGAAACAUUCCUAAGUUUGUCUCUGCUCCUGCUUUGUCACAUGCAAUGAAAACUCAUCUGGUCUCAUUUAAGAUGUGAGUUAAUGCAAUGUGUUAGCGAGCCGAAGACGACCUGGUGCAGAGCCGUCGCUGGACGCCAGAUUUCGCUCUCCAUCCCCCAUGACGACUUUGUUUUCCCCAGGGUUCAGAUGACAUGUCCAGCUUUCAGUUAUGGACUAAUAACAGCAAACAUAUAGGUAUAAAUGGGGCUGCUACACAUUAAAGGCAGCUAAAUAAUGUUUAAUGUUUAAAAUGAGUGUUUUAUUUAAGGAGGAACCCUGGGACAGGCAAAGGAAAACAAGCUAGUUGUUAGAAAUGUUUCUACAUAUCCAAAUGUUAAAUAUGUAAUGUUUUAUGACAAGACUUGCAGUGCAAAGUCGAACGUAUCAAACCUAUUUUACUGCUAAAACGUUUUGUUUUUUGAAUGUAUAUGUAGAUGUCAUGACUUCGCUCCAAAACAAAUACAUUUAAAAAAAAGAA